GGAAUGAGAGAUUGUGGCCAAAGCAGAAUCAUGAGGUUCAUCCUUUUAUUCUUAGGUCUCCUUGUCGCACCCCGGGCUGUUGUUCUCACUCGUCGCUUUGACAGUGAGAAAGUAUUUCGGGUGAAACUUAAGAAUGAAAACCAAGUGGACUUUCUAAAGGACCUGGCCUCCACAGUUCAGCUUGACUUUUGGCAUCCUGAUUCAAUCCAUCACAUUGUUGUUGGAACAGAUGUGGAUUUCCGCGUUGGUUCAAAUCAGACAAGCUUUGUCCAGACAAAGCUGGAGCAGAAUGGAAUACAAUACGGAAUUUUAUUCCAUAAUCUACAAGAAGAGAUUGAAAAACAAUUUGAUGGUGGGAAACAUUUCCGUGAGAAGCACAGCUACACAAGAUACAAUGAAUGGGAAAAGAUUGUUGCAUGGACUGAAAGAAUGGCUAAAAACUACCCCAAACUGGUCUCGCGGGUCCAGAUUGGAAAGACUUAUGAGGAUCGUCCGAUGUACCUGCUUAAGGUUGGGAAGGAGAGUGGAAAAAAGAAGGCCAUCUUCAUGGACUGCGGCAUUCACGCAAGGGAGUGGAUCUCACCUGCUUUCUGCCAAUGGUUUGUGAAGCAGGCUGUCAGAACCUAUGAAACGGACAAGGUCAUGUUCAAGCUCUUGAACGAUUUGAACUUCUACAUCCUUCCCGUAUUCAACAUUGACGGAUACGUCUGGUCAUGGACUGAAAAUCGCAUGUGGAGAAAGAAUCGUGCGAAUACCUCUAACAGUGAUUGCCCUGGUGUUGACUUGAACAGGAAUUUCAAAGCUGAAUGGGGCACCAUAGGUAUAUCGCAUAAACCUUGUGCUCAGACUUACUGCGGUACCUCGGCAGAAUCUGAGCCAGAAACCAAAGCAGUUACAAGCUUCAUCCGAGACCACCUUUCCUCCAUCAGAGGAUACAUAAGCUUCCAUGCCUAUUCUCAGAUACUGCUGUUUCCAUAUGCCUAUAAGAACGAAGCAGCACCCAAUAAUGAUAAACUGAACAAAGUAGCUAAGGAAGCAGUAGACGCUUUAUCUAGUCUCUACGGUACAAAGUAUACCUAUGGACCAACUGCCUCUACAAUUUAUCCUUGUUCAGGUUCCUCUUCUGACUGGGCUUACGAUGAGGGCAUUAAGAAUUCAUUCGUUUUUGAGCUUCGUGACCGUGGGCAACAUGGCUUUAUCCUCCCUGAAUCGCAGAUAAGGCCAACCUGUAAGGAGACGAUGCUGGCCGUCAAGCACAUCGCCAAUUAUAUUCUCACCUCUGCUCCAUGAAGCUGUCUUCACGUUUACUUAUGAAUGGAAUUGGCUCCUCCUUGUCUAACAGUCACCUCCCCUUUUCUCCCUCUUAGAAAUAGUCCCUACAGAUUCUUCUCCAUUGCUUUAUUAUUAUUCUACGAAUGCUUUUGUUAAGAUAGACCAUCUUCUCUUACCUUUCUAUGCCAGCAAUACUUCAUCAGGCUUGUGGUCUCCCCUCUUUAUUGCAGAGUGUCAAUUGGGCUGGAGGCAGACCUAGUCAUGGUUAGAGGAGAGCCACUGAAAUCAAGUUUGAAUCUAGCCCUAUCAUUCAAUUUCAGUCAUUUGAUUCAGAUAUUUUAGGGAUGGGUUCUACUGGAAUACUAUUAUUACAAUUUUAUGCAAGUAUAAAUCAGACAUCUGCUGAGUAUCUCCUGAAACCAGGUUGAUUUACAUGGUCCUUUUGGAAUUGUGACAGCUCCCCACCAUGCCCACUGAGCAUUUUUUAGGAUCUCUUAUGCAUUAUUUGUACACAUAAGUAAUGUCGUUAAUGUAAAAUAGAAAGAAGAAGGAGCCAUUUUUAAAACAAGAAAUGCAUUCUAGGCUCAGAGGGAUCACAAUUCAAUUGCCUAUGCAGAACAUACAACUGUGCUGUGUAAAAAGCUCCUGAGACCAUCCUCUCACAAUUGAGACUACAGCUGGGUUUUGCAUUUGCCACCAUCAACAUUUGAAUAUAGAACCUGCAUUGUUGGCUUCAAUGUACACAUGAUUUAAGAUUGGCUUCCCUCUGCUUUCUGUCUCUGCUACAUUCCAUGGUUUGGCUAUAAUAUGGUUAGCCUAGCCUUUCCAUUCACAGCCUCCUAGCUGUCCCUGCAAAAUGAAACUACAGAACUUUGACUCUGAGAGCUCUGGGUUCCCUGUCCUCCAAUUUCACUUCCCAUGCCCUUUUUUUUUUACUUCAUUCCUGGGUAUUCAUCUGGCGUGAGGGAGAGAACCACAAUGGAGCUAUUUCUGUGUCAUGUUAUUUCAUGUGGCUGUAAUGGAUGUGGGUGGAUAUCACAACUGUGUAAACAGAACUGAUCAGAUCUUUCCCACCUUCCUUCCCACCAGUGUGGGGGCGACCAAAGCAAUUGGCCUCACUGAUUUGAUAUGAUAUGUAGCUGCAUGGGAUCACAUUGUGGGGGUAUGC